UCUGUAACACAUGGAUCUACUCAUUGUGUCCUUUUCUUCCUCCGCCCUUGUUUUACUGGUUUCGGCUUAACCUGUUUAUCCUCCCUCUCUGUUUACUCUAUAUAAGUUGCACCCGCACUACCUGUGCAGUCACUUUGCCACAGUGCUGACACGAGUGAGGCUCUGACUUCACGUCAUCUUCUCGGCGUUAGAGGGAAAAGAAGCAAACGGUCUCCAUGUCGCUUGACCAAGACACCUGCUACCUUUGUAAGGAGUAUCUCAGGGACCCUGUGUCCAUCCCAUGUGGCCACGUAUUCUGCUCCAUCUGCCUGAAGACAUACUGGGAUCAUGCUGAACACACCGGCUCCUUCAACUGCCCGGAGUGCAGGGUUUCCUACAGCAAGAGGCCAACUCCGAGGCGCGUCGGAAGCUCAAGGCACUCCACGCUCCAACGCAACUCGGAGUCCUUUCCGCCUCCACCUCCAUCCCCCGACUACAACGUCGCUGGACCCCAGGAUGUAGGCUGUGACAUCUGCGUUGGGAAGAAGCACAAAGCCAUCAAGUCCUGCCUGAUGUGUCUGGCGCACUACUGCGAGAAGCACCUGAAGCCCCACUACGAGUCAGCCACCUUCAAGAGGCACAAGCUGGUGGAUGAAAUCGGCCACCUGGACAGGCAGAUCUGCCCGCAGCAUCAGAAGGGUCUGGAGCUGUUCUGCCGCACCGACCAGAUGUGCAUCUGCGUGCUGUGCACGGUGAAAGAGCACAAGGGCCACGACAUGGUGUCAGCUGAGCAGGAGAGAUCUGAGGAGCAGCAACGGCUGGGUGCCACCCAGGCUGAGAUCCAGGAGAGGAUUCACGAUCGCCUGAAACAGAUGGAGGAACUAAAACACGCGGUGGACGCUCUCAAGAACUCAGCCCAGAGGGCGCUUCAGGAAUGUGAGAAGAUGUUUGGCGACAUGAUGCGCUCCAUUGAGAGGAUGCAGCAAGAGAUGGCAAAGCUGAUAUCCUCCAACAAGCGGGCAGCACUCAACAACGCAGAGAGCCAUCUGGAGCGUCUGACUCAUGAGAUCGCUGACCUGAAGGCGAGAGACAACGAGAUCACGCAGCUGUCUCGCACCGAGGACCACAUCCACUUCAUCCAGAGUUACCACAUGCUGAUAGCACAAACAGAGGCCGAGGAGCUGCCGUCGGUGAGCGUCAACCCGUACUUCUCCUUCGGCCCGGUGACCAAAGCAGUCUCUGAGCUGAAACAGCAACUGAAUGAAUCCAGCAACGACGAACUGGUUAAAGUCGCCAAGACAGUUAACAAAAUGACCUUCUGUGAGCUGGAGGACUCCAAAAAGAAACAAUAUCAAUCAAUAAAAAGUGACGAAGCUCCCGUCUACAAGUCUGUGCCGGUCAAGGAGCCUCAGUACAGGGAGGACUUCCUGAGAUAUGCUUGCCCGCUCACUCUGGACCAAAACACAGCCUACAGACAGCUUUACUUGUCACGAGGGAACAGAAAAGCUGCCCUCAAGAGAGACCCCCAGUCCUACCCCGACAGCCCCGCCAGGUUCGACUCCCUGCCACAGGUCUUGUGUAAGGAGCCCCUCUCUGGAGGCACCUACUACUGGGAGGUAGACUGGAGUGGGGAGGGGGCUUCCAUCGGCAUCGCCUACAAAGGCAUCAAGAGAUCGGGCUACGGUGACAGCUGCCGCAUCGGCUACAACCGCAAGUCGUGGAGCCUUUUCUGCUCUGAUUCCAGCUACUCAGCCCGCCACAGCAAGGACCAGCAAGAGGUCAGCGCGCCCUACUCCUCCCGCAUCGGCGUUUUCCUGGAUCACGCCGGGGGUACUCUCUCAUUCUACGCUGUUGGGGAAACCAUGUCUCUAAUCCACCGCUUUAAUGCCUCCUUUAGUGAACCUGUCUAUCCAGGCUUCUGGGUUUGGUAUGAGUCAGCCAUUACCAUUAUCCAGCUGUGAUUAAGUAACACAUGUAAAAGAUCAGUGGGUGUGGAGUGACGCAAAGCACUGCUGUUGUGAGAAAAUAUGCUUUUGUUUCCCUUUUUUUUCUGAUAUUAGAUCGUUGUUUGUUUGCUAUUCAAUAUGUGCUGAUG